AUGUUAUUUGCCUGCUGCACUGAGAAGGCGGUACGAGAAUCUCGGCAGAUUGAUGUGGCUGAUUCUCCAAGUAUUAUGGAUAUUUCAAUAACCUCAGAACCAGAAGACAAAAAACCAAACGUUAAUAAUGUGCCAGACUAUAUCAGCGAUAUCCAUACGUACCUUAGGGAAAUGGAGGUGAAAUGCAAGCCUAAAAUGGGUUACAUGAAGAAGCAACCUGAUAUCACAAACAACAUGCGGGCUAUUCUUGUGGACUGGCUGGUGGAAGUUGGAGAAGAAUACAAAUUACAAAAUGAAACCCUGCACUUAGCUGUAAAUUACAUUGAUAGGUUUCUUUCUUCAAUGUCUGUUUUGAGAGGAAAACUUCAGCUUGUGGGGACUGCAGCGAUGCUGCUUGCAUCGAAGUUUGAAGAAAUCUACCCUCCUGAAGUAGCAGAGUUUGUCUACAUCACAGAUGACACCUAUACCAAGAAGCAGGUUCUAAGGAUGGAGCACUUAAUUUUGAAGGUUUUGUCGUUUGACUUGGCAGCUCCAACAAUCAACCAGUUCCUCACUCAGUAUUUCCUACAUGAGCAGACAAAUGCUAAAGUGGAGAGCCUAUCAAUGUACCUUGGGGAGCUGAGUCUAAUUGAUGCUGAUCCUUACCUGAAAUACUUGCCGUCAGUUAUUGCUGCUGCCGCAUUUCAUCUAGCAGGCUAUACGAUCACUGGACAAACUUGGCCUGAAUCCCUGUGCAAAGUAACAGGCUACACCCUUGAAGACAUCAAGCCUUGCCUCAUGGACCUACACGAGACCUACCUCAAAGCAGCACAGCACACGCAACAGUCCAUAAGGGAAAAGUACAAGAGUACAAAGUACCAUGGAGUAUCGCUUAUUGACCCACCAGAGACACUAAACUUAUUGCAAUAAUCAAGAGACUGAUCUUUUAAAAAGAUGUAUAUUACAAGAAAAUGAUGUACAGUUUUAAACAUGGUUCAAAAUUCUAGAUGUGAUCACUCAGAAUAUUAAUACAGGUUUUGAUGAGCUUAAUUAUGAAGUUAGUUCUAUGUGGUUUUAAUGUAAAUCUUUUGUACAUGCAAUCUUGUUAAAAUAUUUAGCUGGGUUUUUAUAAAAAUGUUCUCCUCAAGCACAGAAUUAACCAUGCAGACCAAGGGAAGUCUGAGACUGCUUAUCUAAUUAUAGACUAAACAUUAAUUAGCAGUGCAUUAUUAUAGUAGGGCUUUUUCUCCUUCCAAGUAAGAAUGACUUGGACUCCACAGCAGUAUUUGUAGCAUUUUUAUACUGUCUAGUUUAAACUGAGAGUUAGUAUAGAUCCAAAAGGUGGCUUUAUGGCUAUAAUACUGGAAGAAACUAUAGCUAUGAGAACACCUCGCUGGAAUUGACUCCUGUGAGG